AUGCCCAACACAAGGCAGCCCGAAGAAUUACCAUAUCCGAGGCCCCCCACUCUUCAAUUGGUCAACUGCACACUUACUGCUAUUCCUCCAUGCAAUAUAUCGUUAACAGCUACUGAGAAUGAAAUAUACAGACAACUCGACUCUAAUAUUUUUAGCAUCUCUACCCCAAUUGAUAUUGAGAUAUUUGCAUACCUUACAAAUAAUCACCCUAACCGACCAUUUAUAUCUUACUUACUCAAAGGACUCAGAGAUGGGUUUAGAUUUAAUUUUUCAGGUCAAAGGACUAG